UGAUUGGCGCACCUGAAUCACAUGAUUGGCGCACCUGAAUCACAUGAUUGGGGGGGAUUGGCGAACCUGAAUCACACAUUGGAGGGGAUUGGAGCACCUGAAUCACAUGGUUGGAGGGGGGAUUGGAGCACCUGAAUCACAUGAUUGGCGCACCUGAAUCACAUGGUUGGAGGGGAUUGGAGCACCUGAAUCACAGGGGAUUGGAGCACCUGAAUCACAUGAUUGGGGGGAAUGGAUAAAUGUGAAGCUCUGCUGGAAGGAAAUGAGAACACGU